AUGGUCUCCACCAUCUCUAUCAUCGCCCCUCCCACCGCCGUUCCCAUCAAGGGCAAUGCCUCCAUCUUCAACAUCGGGAACUUCCCCGGCAUCUUCGACCGCAUCUUCCGCGCCGCCACCAAGAGCAGCCUUCUGGACGCGCGUGCCACCUGUCUGGCCUGGAGCAACCGGAUUGACGAACUCACACUCGCCUAUGCGACCAUCAUGGAGUACAAGUUCGUCGACUCCGAACCCCCUCCUUAUGGGCAAACCAAAACCUGCUCUUUCCAGGUCCGCCACUUUGUUCGGAGCACCAUCGGCGCCUUGUUCCCGAGCAGCAUUCUCACCACACCUGCUGCCAUGGUUAUCACCACCCUUGACGUGCGCGGAUGCACCUCGCUUCCACCGCUCGUCCUCCCAAACCUAACAGUGCUCGUCAUUGACGAGUACUGCCCGAUCAUCCCGGCGCCCCGAGUCGUCCAAGUUUCCCAGCUCUUUGCGACUCAUCUCAACGCGACGAGGAACGUUCACAUCUCGCUCAACCCCGCUCUACGAGAUGAGGUCACAUGGCUCUUCGAAUACGCGACGCACGAGGACUUCGUUUUCGCUCGCCACCCCUUGAACAUCCCCACGCGUGUGAAGGCGGUAGCACUGGCGGCAGUGCGUGUCCCUCUUCGAGUCGUUCGUCCCAACUCAUGGACUUGCAACAACUGCCACUUAGUGGUUCCAGACUGGUUCGCCGUUCCCACGGCCUCUGAGCCUCACGUCCAUGACAGGAGCCACCUCCAGCCGGCUGACUUCACACCCGCACUUCUCGAAGACCUUGCGACGGAGGUGAGUAACAGCACAGCGACCACCUUCAAGUUCGUUGGGACAUGGGACAGGCGGUGGGUCAUGCAGUACCGUGACGACGCGUCAUUCGAAGACAAGCUCCGCUGGGCGGCGUGUAACUACAUCCCUCACGAAGCGUAUACGGGGGAGGACUUUGACGCCGACUUCACUGUCCAUCAGGUCCCCAACGUACAGUUUGUGGAGGCGGAUGAGGGGGUGGACGAUGUGAUGGAGCGCAUGGCGUCAUUGACACUGGGAUGA